AUGCUCAAAUCCUCAAUUAUCCGUUGCACAAAAGCUGCUUGUCGAAGCUCUACCGUAUGUUGGCAACCAAAGGUGGUUGGUAUCACUUCGGUGAGAUUCAGUUCAUCAAACGCGGGGAAACCUAAUUUGUCCGAGAUCCAGACCCAAUUACCUUCUUUUGAUGAAUUAUCAAAUUCAGAUGCUGCUACUUCCUUAUUGGAUCAAUCUUCUCAACUCGUGGGCGAAGCAUCCAACCAUAUAGGUUAUUUGAGCAGUUUGGGACUUGCCAAAUCCUGGUGGUGGCCUCCUGACUUGAUUCAAAAUGUGCUAGAGCAUAUUCACGUUUACGCGGGCUUGCCCUGGUGGGGAACCAUUGUAGCAACUACUGUAUUAGUGCGUCUUGCAAUGUUCCCACUUUACGUAAAAUCUUCUGAUACUAUGGCCCGUAAUUCUAAAAUUAAACCGGAAUUAGAUAAGAUCAAUGCAGAUCUGAUGAGUGCAACUGAUUUGGUGGAAGGACAAAAGGUUGCAAUGCGGAGAAAGAAACUUUUAGCAGAUAAUGGUAUCAAAAACAGAUACCUUGCGGCUCCGAUGCUUCAAAUUCCUGUCGCACUUGGUUUUUUUUCCGGUAUCAGAGAAAUGGCUAAUAUUCCCGUCGAUGGUUUCACAAACCAAGGUUUAGCUUGGUUCCAUGACCUCUCUCUAGCUGAUCCAUAUCUGGGUCUACAAAUAAUAACUGCCUCAGUUUUUAUCUCCUUCACAAGAUUAGGAGGAGAAACGGGAGCUCAGCAAUUUUCUCCUCAAAUGAAGAAGGUUUUCACAGUCUUACCAUUGUUGUCAAUUCCAGCUACUAUGAACCUCUCAUCGGCCGUGGUAUUGUAUUUCGCAGUCAAUGGUGCUUGUUCUGUCGUACAAACUCUGUUACUCAGAAAUAAGUGGGUGAGAAAGAAGUUGAACAUAGCUGAUGUUAUUAAACAUUCGCCUACCACAACAGGACCUCAGAAGGGAAUUAUCGAGACCUUCAGAGAAAACAUGGCUAAGGCAAGAGAACAGGCUGAAAGAAGACAAUUAAUGCAAGAAAAUGAGAAAAAGAUGCAAGAAAUUGCAAAGGAACAAAAAACCAACUCUGCAAUCAAAAUUGUCCGUAAAUCCACCCUAACCAAAAAAUAG